UUUGAGAAUAUCAAACUUUUGCUUUAGAAGCUUCAUGAACAAAGGAAAGAGAAAGAUAAGCGCGCGAACGGAGGAACCAAAACGCAGAGCAGAAGCAAACCCUAGCUCACGAAAUGGCCGAGAAAUUGGCACCGGAGAAGCGCCAUAGCUUCGUUCACAAUGGUCAGAAGGUGUUUGAAUGGGACCAAACCCUAGAGGAGGUGAAUAUGUACAUAAAUUUACCCCCAAAUGUUCCUUCAAAGCAAUUUUACUGCAAAAUUCAGUCGAAGCACGUCGAAGUCGGCAUCAAAGGAAAUCCUCCGUACCUCAAUCAUGACCUUACUUGCCCAGUGAAGACGGACUGUUCUUUCUGGACACUAGAGGAUGAUAUAAUGCACAUAACACUGCAAAAGAGGGACAAAGGCCAGACAUGGGCAUCACCUAUAGUGGGCGAGGGUCAGCUCGAUCCUUACUCCACGGAUCUUGAGCAGAAGCGCCUUAUGCUUCAGAGAUUUCAAGAAGAGAACCCAGGCUUUGAUUUCUCACAAGCCCAGUUCAAUGGAGGCUGCCCUGAUCCAAGGACCUUUAUGGGCGGUAUCCGCUCUGAUUGACGAGUUUGCUGCAUUAGUUACCUGCAUAAGCCUGGUAUAAAAUCCUGACCAACAUUUAGUAAAUAAGACAACUUGAUUGGCUGGCCAACUUGCCUUCGUGUGAUCUCUGUAAGAACUUCAGUUCUACUUAAAAUCUGUUCUUGUUUACUUUUGUAUCUUGUCUAUAACUAGAAACUUAAAAAUCUAGAAUUUAUGUAAUUUAUCUUCCAGUGUCUGCUUCUCUACUUUCCGACAAUGGCACGGCCAAAUAAAUCUCUUGUUUAUGAA